CUGCCGCCGCUACCGCUGCCAGGAAGUUGGAGAACGGGGUAGUUUCGCUCCGAGCAGCUCCGGCCGGGGCUGGGCAGGGCUGGGGCGGCUUCCUCUGGACGCCGGGAGCCCUGCCAUGGGGACGUAGCGGGCCGCGGAGCCAUGCGCGGCCCGGCGCUGCCCUGCAGCUCGCUGGGGACGGUUAUCCUAACAUUUGUCUGCGUGUUGACGAAGGAAUCUGUAGAAAUUGCUCCAGUGCCGUAUACACUGCAAGUCCAUCGGGUAGCUUUGGAUGGAAGAGACCCCUCUAACUCCUUGAGGAGAGAAAAGAGGCUGGUGCAGUGUCAACUAGGACAAUACCUACAUCCCAGAGAGACCCACUGCUGCAUGAGGUGCCAUGCAGGUACCUACAAGGCAAAAGACUGUGAUCGGCCUGACCAGGCACCUGUCUGUCUUCCGUGUGCUAAUGGCACAUUCACAGCUGUUGAUAACACCAUGUCUAAAUGCUUCCAGUGUACACGUUGCCGUACAGAAUUCCAGCAGAUAGUAGAGACCCCUUGCAGCCCAAAGCAAGAUACCGUAUGUGGCUGUCGGAAGAAUCAAUAUCAGAUUGGCCUGUCCGAUCUCUUCCAGUGUAGGAACUGCAGCUCGUGUGUCAAUGGGAUUAUUGCCAACUGCUCAAAGAACAGAGACACAAUUUGCAGGUGUAAGCCUCGAUUCUUCCUGACACUUAGUAAUGUUUGCAAGCCGUGCAACAGCUGCAUUGGAGAAGAAUGCUUGCAGUGUCAUAGCCCAGUGACUACCUCACCGACUCCAUCUGGGCUGAAUGGGAGCCUUGUCCUUGGCAUCUUCGUUGCAAUAUUUGGAGUUAUUUCUGUCCUCUACAUUGUAAAUAAAGUAGUGAAGCUGGUUCAGGAAAAUGGGAUAGCGUCAUCUUUCUACUCCUGUGUUUCUUUGCCACAGACAACCAAGGAGCCAGUACCUGAGGUUGAGGUAAAAAGAAAUGAAAUUUCCAUCCUUCUUCCUGAGUCCCAGAAGGAAACGGAAUUGUCAGUGAAUGCAACACCACCACCUGCACCUCUGCCGCAAAGUUCACAUGAGCUACCAGACUGUGUCAGACCUGCCAGGAGGACACAGCUUCCAGACAACCCUGCUAUUCUCUACACUGUGGUGGAUCACGUACCACCAUCUCGGUGGAAAGAGUUUGUGAGGCGUCUGGGUCUGAGUGACUAUGAUCUAGAGCGAAUUGAGAUGGAGCAUCGGCGUUUACGAGAUGCCCAGUAUGAAAUGCUUAGACUGUGGAAACUGCAUAUGGGCCAUGCUGCAACUGUGGAGCAUAUCAGCUGUGUUCUCAACCAGAUGGAGCUGAGUGGCUGCAGUGAAGCUAUUCAAGAGGCUCUGCUACACCAGAACUCUCCUCAACCUUGCAGCCUCCACAGCCAUCUUUAAUCUAUUUCUGCUUUAGUUGCCCUUACUAUGACUCUCAAGAGAGGACCAUAACUCCCUUCCUCUUCUGUCUUCCCUUUCCCCUACCUCCCUAUCUUUCUAACACUCCUCAGCUGGGUUUGUUGGAGACAGCAGCAGAUUUAUGCUGGAGGAAGGCUGAGGUUUGCUUCUCAGCCACCAUGUAGUUCAACACCUUUAAGCCGUGACAGACCUCUGCAACAACUCCUUUCCCAAGGAGGGAAAGCACCUUGUAAAGGAAGUGGUGUGUGGACUCUGACCAAGAUGAAAACAGGAGCUCAGAGUGACUUGAUAGAUCAGCUGCUCUAUGGACAAGUUGUUGCUGAAACAGGUGCUCCACCCACCAUGCGGUGGGUAAACUUGUAGGGUGACUUGGUUAAGCAGGCUGUUGAGAUGGUAAAGUACUCGCUUACUUUUUGCAGAUCUGUUUUUCUGCAAGAUCAGACAGUUGAACUGGCUCACAUUGCAGCCCUUUGAUUGCUUCAUCUGAUUUGAGGGAAGUGGUGGGAGGAUGUGCCUGUUUCUGGGAGCAGGAGAGGAUUGCCCCCUUUCGGUAUCAACUAGUUAUCGCUGUGGCAAAAGAGUCAUGGAGAUUCAGAAGCGGAAGCUCAGUGAGAAACGGGAGGACGUUAUCCUUUCCACAGCCCCACUUCCCUCAGGUUCAAGAGGAAUAAGGAUUCUGAGCCAGUGAGUCAGAUGAGAGGGUUGGUGCUUUUUUCUCAAGUUUUUAUUUUCUGUGCCUAGAAACCAUGUAAGAUAGCAUUAACAAAAUACCUGCCUGUGUGUUUGUCCAAGUGCAGAGGGGAAAGGAAUGCGUGCGUGUGUCUGGGUGAGAAGCGUGGUGCUCAGAGGGUGGUAGUGUGAGUGCCUCUGCAAAUCUGUGCUCACACACAGGUCAGUAGGCUUGUGUCUACCUGCUUGUCUAUCUGAACAAUUUGCUGAACCUGAUCUAACUGCAAAUGGGACUGUGUAUGUGUACAUAUAUAUAUAUAUAUGUAUUUUAGCAACUGUUGAAUAACUUCACACUACUUCCUGGACUGCAUUCUGUGAUUGCUACUUGGGUGUGAGAGCCAUUUGGUACCGUCUCCAGGCUCCCACCAUCACUUUCCCACAGGUAGUACCCUGGGUGAAGCAGAAGUAGCAAAAAUCAAUUAGCCUGCAUCAGGUGCAGGUUGUCCACACAUUUGUAACGUGGAUUUUUUUUUUUUUUUUUAGUCUCUUGUCCCUUGACCGGAGAGAAACUUUCUAUUGUAAAUACACUAAAUGCUCUGAAUUAAAAUUCAUAUUUUUA